AUGUUUCCUGAUACAUUAAGUCGGAUAGUGCUGCCUCUCCGGCAAGUGCUAGUAAUGCAGUCGGCGAAUUUGCACUUGAGUGCUACAAAUUGUGCUGCGGUGAAAAAAACCACUUCUGCUGCAGGAGGUGUAAUGGGGUUAGGCAAAGGUAAGAAGAAGGGAGCCAAGCUGAGCACAAUGGAGAAGAAAGAGAUGCCUGUGGAAUCAGAUCCUGAGAAGCUUGUCCACUAUGUGUGUGGUUCCAACAUAUACACAACCGGGGAGGAUGUGAAGAUAAAAGACGACAGCGAGUAUCCCGAGUGGCUUUGGUCGCUCAACACAGGGCGCGCCGUCCCCCUGGAGGAACUCGACCCCAGCACAAAGGAAUACUGGCUGAGGGUCCGCGCCGCCGGCAUGAGGCGCAAUAACAAACUGCGCUCCAUGCGCAGGUUCUAG